UAUGCCUCUAUUCUCAGUUCAUCCUUGUUAACCCAGCAAAAACCCUUGGACCAUUUUGACCCAACAACCCUUCGACCACGCAACCCAUCUCCGGCGACCCCAUGAAAGAGCCGCCGGCUGCCUCCGAAGUCAGAAGAGCAUGAGCACAUUGAAGUUAUUGGACAAAGCUUUUGACUUCUCUCCACUGUGACAGAAGAACAAACCUGUGAAGUACCGGUUUCUUUCUCAAAUUGAUGAGAUAGUAAUCUGUACCGGUCUCUGACUAGCUGCUUAUUCCGAGACUCAUGUUGCAGAUUCGGGCAAAACCAUGCUAUCAGGUCUUGCUUACCAUGUUACAUUCAGAAGACACAUUCAUAGUGUAUGCCAUCAUCUUAUCCUCAUUUCAUCCCAAAGGAACUUUUUGCAUCCCAAAUCCAGAGAUUCAUACCUAAGACAUGGAAAGAAGGUAUCAAACAGCUCGAGAAACCAUCAUCUAUUUUAGAGCCAAGUUUACCAGUUGGUGAUUCUAUGAUAGAUUCUCUUCUUGCAUCCAUUAAGACUUAUGCACGUGAAGGACAUCUAUCAGAAGCAUUCAAAAGCCUGUCUCUUAUUAAGUUCCAUGCCUCUUCUAGUACAUCUUGUGAUGCAGUCUUACAUUCCAUCUCUUCUCUUCUUUUCUCGUGCACCAACCAUAAAUCAUUCCCACAGGGUAAACAGCUUCAUGCACACAUUAUCAGAUUGGGUCUUGAACAACACCCCAUUUUGGUCCCCAAGCUUGUCACAUUUUAUUCGAGCUUUAAUUCCCAUAUUGAUGCUCAUAUUGUUGUUGAGAAUUCCAAUAUAUUGCAUCCUCUACCUUGGAAUUUGCUCAUCUCUUCAUAUGUUAAAAAUGAACUUCUGGAUGAGGCUCUCACUACCUAUGAACAUAUGGUCAAUAAGGGGAUUAGACCAGAUUGUUUUACUUAUCCAUCUGUUCUCAAGGCUUGUGGUGAGAAGUUGGAUAUAGGUUUUGGGAAGGAGGUGCAUAAGUCCAUUGAUGCUAGUUGUCAGGAGUGGAAUUUGUUUGUGCAUAAUUCAUUGGUCUCCAUGUAUGGAAAGUUUGGGCUUGUGGAUGUUGCUCGUCAGUUGUUUGACAUAAUGCCCCAAAGGGAUAUAAUUUCUUGGAAUUCAAUGAUCUCCUGUUAUGCCUCCAAAGGUAUGUGGAAUGAAGCAUUUGAGCUGUUUGGAAAAUUGCAGAUGGAGGGUACUGAAGUAAGUAUUAUAACUUGGAAUACCAUAGCUGGAGGUUGCUUGAGAACAGGAAAUAUAAAGGGUGCUCUGGAGUUGCUUUCUCAAAUGAGAGUUGGUGGUAUUCAACUGGACUCAGUGGCAUUUACGGUUGGGCUUAGUGCUUCUUCCCACAUUGGAGCUAUUAAGUUAGGGAAGGAGAUGCAUGGUUCUGCAAUUCGUACUUGUUGUGAUGGGUAUGACAAUGUCAGAAAUGCAUUAAUUACAAUGUAUUCCAGGUGCAAAGAUCUAAGUCAUGCCUAUACUUUGUUUCAAUCGAUAGAAGAUAGGAGUAUAGUCACUUGGAACUCCAUUAUUUCUGGUUAUUCCCACAUGGAUCGAGCGGAGGAAGCUUCAUUCAUAUUUAGAGAGAUGUUGUGUUCUGGAAUUGAACCCAAUUACGUUACGAUUGCCAGCAUCCUGCCUCUUUGUGCUCGGGUUGCAAAUCUUCAACAUGGAAAGGAAUUUCACUGCUACAUUACAAAACGUGUUGUGUUUGAUGAUUAUUUAUUGCUGUGGAAUGCUCUUGUGGACAUGUAUGCCAGAUCAGGCAGGGUUAUAGAAGCUAAAAGAGUAUUUGAUUCAAUGAAUAAGAAGGAUGAGGUAACUUAUACUUCCAUGAUUGCAGGAUAUGGAGUACAGGGUGAGGGAAAAGCUGCAUUGAAGUUAUUUGAAGAGAUGAAUAGUUUAAACAUCCAACCAGAUCAUGUAACCAUGGUUUCCAUUUUAUCAGCAUGUAGCCAUUCAGGACUUGUAAUCCAAGGCCAAAUUCUAUUCGAAAGGAUGGUGAGUAUGUAUGGUAUAACUCCCGAUUUGGAGCACUAUGCUUGCAUGGUUGAUCUCUAUGGGAGGGCUGGUCUAUUACAUAAUGCAAAAGAUAUUAUCAAAAGGAUGCCUUACAAGCCAACUUCUGCCAUGUGGGCCACUCUGAUUGGAGCUUGUAGGAUCCAUGGAAAUACAGAGAUAGGGGAAUGGGCAGCUGAGAUGCUAUUACAAAUGAGACCUGAGAAUUCUGGGUACUAUGUCUUAAUUGCUAACAUGUAUGCUGCUGCUGGUAGUUGGAACAACCUAGCUAGAGUGAGGACUUUCAUGAGGGACUUGGGUGUAAGGAAGGCUCCUGGCUGCGCUUGGGUUGACGUGGGUGAUGGAUUCUCCCUCUUUUUGGUGGGGGACACCACAAAUCAGCUGAGAAAUGAAAUUUACCUUUUGUUGGAUGGAUUAAAUGAGCUGAUGAAAGAUGCUGAUUAUAUUAGAGAGGAUUUUAGUUCAGGUUAUGAAGUUUUUGAGUAGAAUGGAAAUAGGAGCUUAUUAAAUUACACUCAACGAAGGAUUGUUAACGUAUUUUUUGUCAAUUGAUUGCAAAUUUGCUUACACAGUAGUAUUAAUGUGUAAAUACCCUUGGAGACGCAUGUUUGUUUCCAAAAAUAUUCUGCAAUGCAUCACUGAAAGCUGGUUUCUUUGAGAAUGUUUAUCAGAUUCAUACUCGAGCUUAACCAAUUGUUUUAAUGGCUAUUGCCAAAACUGCUUUGAGAGGGAAAAAAAAG